AGCUGCCCACGUUGUUUUAUCUAUCUUGCUCUGCUCCAUAUCUUUCUAAACAGUUUUUCUUUCGUUUUUGCUUUUGGAAACUUUUCUGCUUCUCUAGUAGCACGACGAGGUACAAGCUUCACCUCCAUCUUUUAUGUUUUCCUUUUCGUUCUUCGACGGUGUGCAGCAGCAGUAAGAACUCGUCCUAGACGCAAGAGUUGAAUCAGCUACAACUUCACAAGAUAUACAACUUUUUUAUUUUUCAUUGCGAUCACUACAGCAAGAGAAACCACAAUACGCAUUGGUGAAAAGUGCACACCAUCAUGUCCGGCCUGAUUCAGGUCAGCGGUGGAGCAGGUUCUGGCAAGACGCAAUUGGCUCUGGACACUGCCAUAGAUUUUCUUCUCGUCGGCGAAAGGCACCGGGUCUACUGGUUUACCACCAAAGGAAAGCGGCUCGGGUUUCCAUCGAAGCGGGCAAAAGAAGUGUGCGAAGCAAAGCUCCGGGGAGCUGCGUCAAAGAGGCAACUACAUGGAGAUGCCGGGUUCGUUGUCGAAGAACAAGAACAAGAAGAUGGUUGCGUGCCGGAAAGCAGCAAAAUAAGUCUGGAACACCUCGACGAAAAAACCGUCGCAGAUGUGCUCGGUCGUUUGUGGGUUCGGGCGGUGUAUGACUACGACGAUGCGGUGCAAAACUUGAAGGACCUCGGCGAUAUCAUGGACGCUGAGGAAGGCAGCAGGAAGAAGAACUUCUGCUGUGACACAAGUACAAACCGCGUGCCGUUACCCACGGAAGUUGUAGAUCAAGAGGACCUUUCGUCCGUAGGAGAAGCACCGGAUGAGCCUCCACCGAAACGGCAGAAGCUCCGCUCUGCAAGCGAUGUAGCAAGACAGGGAGAAGAUUUUUGUAUCGAGGACGUUGACCCACGUGCAGGAGGUGAUGAUGAGAUGAAUGUGAACGAACAAGCGCUAGCGGGAGAACAAGCACCUCAAGCUGCAUCGGCGCCGUCUUCAGUCAUAGCAAUAGGACCUUCAGAAGCAUCGACCGCCCCAGAAACAUCAGAGCACCGCUCUUUAAUCAUUUUCGACAGUGUCUCCGAUUUGGAUUUUGCAGACGCCAAGACCGAGGCCGGCCACAGGGCCCAGCAGCUGUUUUUUCUAGCGAAUCAACUGAAGAAGCUCGAGCGCGACCGCCGCGUUGUCGUGCUUGUCCUGAAUGGCGUCGCCAACGGAACAUCGGCGGAAGAAGAUUUGUUGCAAACAACUUCGGAGAUGCAGGAACGAGAAAAAUGUGAAGAUCACGUCGCGCAAAAUGAUCCGCGUGGUGGUGGUGGUCGCACUCCGUGGAACACGAAGCCCGCGCUCGGUCUUCCCUGGGCCUACUGUUGUCAGCAGCAUAUCAGCUUGUGGAAGCGGCAAGAUCGGGCCUGCUCCCCGCCAGUCGCCGUGCAGGGGUUACUGCAAAUCCUUGAAAAAAAUAAUCGUGUUCAUGGCGGGGUCCUCGGCGGAAAAGCCGGGGUGAAAAGUGGUUUCAUGCUGGGAAACGCCCCUCUCGAGGAGGGGACGAUUCUUCCGCUCCUAGAUGCUGAUAAUGGUGGAGAAGGAACUCUGCUGCAGCGUGUAAAAAGUGCACAGGUGGAUUUACCGUCGGGCGACGGUUCAAGUGAUGAAGGCAGCAGCGAUGAGACCGGGCACGGCGACGGUGGAAGCCUGAUGCACUUUUCUGAAGAUUUGCUCUUCGCAGAGACCACCAGGCCGUCUUUCGACCGGCUCUGGUUCCUUGAGAAGACCACGACGAGUGGCAUUGCGGCUCCCUGGCGCGAGUUUGGCUUUUUCUCAAUUGAGGAAAAGGGAUGCUCCCACGAUUUUCCAGCUGCAAAUUUCGUGCAGCGCCACUGCUUUCAGUUCUUUCACGUGUAGAGAACAACACACGUCUCAAAAAGUAGAAGGACAAGGAAGUAGUUGCUCUUCGCAAAAUUUUGCUGAAAGAAGAGAUUGCUUUACGAGUCGUCUCAGAAGAUGCGGGUGAGCAUCAAUGCGGUUUCAAGACGUCAGAGCUGGUGGGCAGCGAUUUCUUUUCUCUACUUGAGGACUCAGAAGCACGUAUGAAAAUAAAAAUAAUGGAAGCGACACUGAGCUAAUCAAAUUCAAAAACAAUGAGUGGGGCCGGCUUGGUCCAAGUUGCAGCAGCCCCACGCCCAAAAGCAAGUUUUUUCUCAC